AUGACUACCCGCUACUUCGUGAUCACGACGCCUCAGGGCUACAAGGUGCACUUCAAAACCAGGGUUGCCGGCACUCUCAAGAUUGUGCCCGCGCCUGGAAUGGCUAGGAGGGCGGGUAUGGAAGGACAACCCGAAGAUAGCAUCCAUAUGCGAAUUCGGAUGGGCAAUGGCAAACCCAAACGGAACGAGCCCUGGGAGGGAAUUACAGAGUGUCAGCCCUACGACUUCGAUCCUUGGCAGGUGCCAGCGCCCGUCCCAGGCCUGUUAACCAAGUUUAUGAAGCGACAUGGCUGCUCAGCCCAAGAUUUCGCCUUCGACUCCGACUACUUUCCCAUCCUUGAGAACGAUCCUAUCCCCGAAGGAUACCCCGACGUACCCAUCCAACGUAUCUCUGGCGUCGCGGGCGGCGCACCGGAGCUUUUCAACGUCUAUGCCUACCUGGCGUUGUACGAGCACAGCACGCAUCCCAAGGUUGCACGAGAGCGAUACAGGAACAAGAAGGAUCACUUCGGCAUCCCGGGCAAGAUCCUCAAGCGCCUCCUCGAGAUAGGCUGGACGACGAUGGAGGAGUACCGGGAGCGGCUGACGAGCUUGGACUGGGAGUCGUUUGCGCGCUACGAGGCGCUGUGCCGCACGCGCAUCAAGUCGGGGAAGCCGGGGUUCCUGCCGGACGGCCAGUAUCCCUGGCGGACAGCGGGCAUCCGCCCGCCGAUGUUGAUGCCCGAGCGCCCGCCGCGCACGGACUGUGACCCGGAGCCCCUCAAGGCCAGCCCGCUGAAGAUCAACAUGCUUAAGAACGAGUACAGGUGGUGGCACUCCUGGGAUGAAACCGAGAGGCAGGCGCACAACGACUCCAGGCGACUAGAGAGGAUUGUGCUGAGGCUUCCUCCACCCAAGGGCAACGAGUGGGAGGACUGGGAGCUGUCGGAGGCGGAGCGGGAGUGGUUGAAGUACAAGACGGAGGCGGAGGCGUGCAAAGUCCCGCAUAAGCGUCGCCGCCCAGAUGAGCACGAGGAGGAUGCAGAGGAAGAGGUCAGAUUCCAGGAUGAUGACGACGAAGAAGAAGAGAAAGAGGACGGGGCGGACAACGAAUACAACGAGUGGUUGAAGGACGACAGCACCAAGGCGAAGAAGCGGUCCCUCAAACACUGCGAGCCGGUGGAAAGACGCCCCAUGAAGCUCCUGCGCGCUAACGACGGCUCUGCCAUCGACGCGUCCCUCGUCCACGUUGGCGCUGAUAGCACCCUCGACGAGGAGGUGCCACCCAACGACGACCCCUUCGGCUCGCAAGCGCCCGCCGACGAAGACUACAGCCAAGGAUGGGACAUCGACGGAGAGCGGUCAUCGCAGCAGCCCAUCGAGCACCCUAUCGACUUCGGCGACCUGUCCGGCGCCGGCGGCAUCACCUUCGGACUCGACGACAUGUCCGGCGUGGGUGACGGUAGCUUUGACCUCGACGCCGAGUUCGAUGCCGCGGCCGACGCCUCUGGCCGCCCUCGCUCGGACAAGGAGGCUGGGGCGAGCGCCGACUACAGCGAUUCGUCGAGCAGCGACCCGCCGGCCGACCCCUCCGACCCAUCUGGCGACAGUGCCAACCCCUUCAGUGAAUGGGUCGGUCCCUUCGGUGAUGGCAUCGACCUCUUCAGCGACGGCAUCGAGCAGUUCAGCUCGCAGCCCGCGUCGGUCCGCGACGAUAUCGAGGAUCCCAUCGAGGACCCCGACAGCCCCUUCGUCGACGACGACCCCGACCCUAUCACGCCAGCUCCCACCCCAUCUCCUACCCCUGCUAAGCCCUUAACGGACAUGUACGAGCCCUUUUGGGGCGUGCUCAUGUGA